AUGGCGUCGGACGACGACCUGAAAGCCCUUGUUAUUCUGAUCGGCAUGUUAUUGUUCUGUCUCAGCGGCGGAAUAUGUGUGGUUGCGAACCUACAUCGUGAGCUAUUUUUAGAAAAAGACCCUACAUCAUUGUCGGAAGCCAAGAACUGCAUAUGUAGCUGCAAGGACUAUCAUGAGGAUCUCGAGAAAGCACUUAGCAAAUCCGAUCCAAGUGCAAGCAUAUUACCACCAUGUAAGGAUUAA